GUGCUGGAUGACAGCUAUCCGGCGCCAACAGCUCCAGACUCACAACGCAAGAGUCAUGGCGGCCACGGGUGGAGGGAAAAUCCGAAGCAGGAGAUAUCACAUCGCCUCUAAGCCCUACGCCAAGAGCAAACAGCAGCAGCAGCAGUCGGGCCUGAUGAGCCGAGUGACCGACACCGUCAAGAGCAUCGUUCCAUCAUGGCUGCAGAAGUACUUUAAGAAUGGAGACGCUCCAGAAGAAGAAGAAGAAAGAGGAGGAGGAGGAGAUUUGUUAGAAUUGAGGGGAAAUUGCCAGACGCCUCCUCUUCCUCCGAACGGCAGCGAAGAAGGACCUCCUUCUUUGGAUGGACGCCACACGCCGGAGGCCAGCACCAGUAACGCAGAGCCCUCAAACAGCCGGGCGUCCCUCAACUUUCAGGACUACAUGCUGUCACGGCCCCCGCUCCACCGCUCCCACCUCCCCUUUCGCCCGCUGGACGCCUCCUCCCCCAGCAGCCUCUUCUCCCAGCCCUCCACCUCCUCCGCGCCGGGGCCUUUCUCCACGGGCUUCUCCUUGGUCAAGGAGAUCAAGGACAACCUGUCGCAGCACGAGGACGACAACAUCUCCACCACCAGUGGCUUCUCCUCGCGCGCCUCCGACAAAGAUGUGCCCGCCUCCAAAACCGCCUCGCUCCCGCAGCUGUGGUCGCCGGAAGCAGACAGAAGCGUGUCCGUGCCGCAGCCCUCUCAGUCUGGUCUGAAAAGGCCCGCCUUCAACCUGUCUGUCUUCAGCACCUCCGCCAAUGCCACGCUCAACAGCACCACCUUGAACUCCAGCCAGCUGGGAGAUUCGCCCUUCUACCCGGGCAAGACCACGUACGGCGGAGCGGCCGCGCUCAAGACCUCUCACACUCGUCCUGCGACACCAUACCAGGUCCCCGUGAGGAGGCAAAUCAAAGCCAAGCCUGCUGGCGCGCAGCCUUGUGGGGUGACCAGCGCCACCGCCAGGCGCAUCCUGCAGUCUUUGGAGCGCAUGUCAAGUCCUCUGGCAGACGUCAGGAGGAUCCCAGCAGCAUCACCUCUCUCAGCAAACAUGGAUGGCGGCAGUCUGGAUGUGUCACAUUUGCAGUCAAAAAGGAAAAGGCUGGAGUCCAACCUCCCCCCAGUGCAGAAGUUGGUGGUUCCUGCUGCACUUCCAUCCUCCGCCAACCGCUCCGUCUCCUUUAGGCCGAGCUUGACCCCGGGAGGGCUGAGCCGACCCCUGGACCGGACCCCUCGAGACUCGCCUCGCAGACCAUCGCCGCCGCAGCCUGAGAGAAUCCCCCCCGGGCCCCCAGCCUACCCCGUGUCCAGCACGCCUGCAGCAGCCAGCAGCUCCGGAGGCGGCAAGAUGAAGCGAGAGAGGACCAGCACCCGGCUGUCCUCCAAGCGUGUUGAAGAUGAGGAGGUGGUCCAAGUACCAGACCUUCCAAGCAUUUCACUCCCCAUCAGCACAUCCGCCUUGCCCGCCUUCUCCUUCUCCUCCCCGCAGCCUCCUCUCGCUACCUGCGCCAAGUCCUCCGCCCGCAUCGCUUCCAGCAUCACCAUCACUCCGGAGGUCCCUGUAUCGCCUGUGCCCUUUACCUUCUCCACGCCCAUCGUCAAAGCAACUUCUGCCAGUCCACCUGCCUUCUCCCCGACUGCCGGAUUCACGUUCAGCGCUCCUGUCACAAAGCUGACUCCCGCCAUGUCAAACGGGAAGCUGGCCACACCCACUGCAACUCCAGUGAGAGCCGCAAGCCCAGAAGACUUUGAAGGACCUUUCAAACCGGCCAAGACCCUGAAGCAAGGCAGCGUGCUAUCCAUCCUGAAAGCACCUGGCUUUGCUUCAACCACGGCGCAGAAGUCCCCCAGCUCUGAUGACUCUCUCCAGAAGACCUCCACACAGUCCUCCUCCACAGGCCUCAGUGACUUGUUCAAAGCUCCCGCUGGCUGGAGCUGUGACGUCUGCUUGGUACAGAACAAGCCCACGGAAACAAAAUGCGUUUGCUGCGCGGCGGCCCGGCCGGGCUCCUCUCCCCCGUGCGAACCGACAAGCCCCGCCUCCUCGGGCCUGAAGAGCGGCAUGGCAAACGCAGCGUUUGGCUCGCUGUUCUCCAAACCGACAGGAUCCUGGGACUGCGACACGUGUCUCGUCUUCAACAAGGCGGACGCCGUCAAGUGCGUGGCCUGCGAGACGGCCAAGCCCGGGACGGGCCUCAAGCCCCCACCUUCUUUCUUUUCCGCCUUCUCGGCUGUAAAGGCCGCGCCCAACCCCUCCACGCCAGCCUCCUCUGCGCCGUUUGCAGGGUUCGGAGAGUUGAACAAGCCGGAGGGGUCGGAGUGCGACGUGUGUUUGAUUCCCAACAAGGCGGAGGAUACAAACUGUGUAGACUGCACCAGCACCAGAGCAGGAGCCUCUUCUACCGCCAACAGCACUCCCUUCUCUGGCUUUGGGGACAAGUUCAAGAAGCCAGAGAACUCUUGGGAGUGUGACGUCUGCAUGGUGCAGAACCAGGCUGGCGAUGUCAAGUGUGUUGCCUGUUCGGCAGCCAAACCUGGAGCUCAAGUGGAGGCCAAAGCUUUAGGUUCAUCUUCUACCUCAGAAUCUGGAGUUUCUUCGUUCGGUGCGUCAAACUCUACCUCCGGAGGGUUCAAGUUCGGGGUGGCCGCUUCAGAACCCUCCUCGUUGUCGUCGGGAGGAUUCAAGUUUGGCACCUCGUUUGGAAGCCUCUCAUCAGAAGCCCCCUCUAAAGACUCCGUGUCAUCGGGGUUCAAAUUCAGCGGCCCGUCUGAAGGCUUUAAGUUUGGUGUUUCCUCCUCCGAGGUGGAGGAGGACAAGAAGGCGGAGCAACCUGCUGCAGGAUCUGACUUUAAGUUCGGAGGUAGCGGUGGGAUCAUGUUUGGAACUGGACCCUUUACCAAGGAGAGCAGCCCCUCCAAGACCAACUUCAGCUUUGGCCUUUCCAAGCCCGGAGAGCCAACACCAGAUGCCCCCCCCACACCCUCGGUUACAGCGCCACCCCCUGCUUCCUCCUGCAAUGUCAGCACAUCAACCAGCACCCCCACGGCCACCACUGCAGGGUCCGUGUUUGCACGGCUGGGCCAGCCCGCCCUGGCCGCCUCCACGCCGCCAACGGGACCUACUUUUGGAUCGUUACCCGCCGACAGCAAACCACCCACGUUCGCAUUCGGGAAGCCCGAGGAGAAGGAGGACGUGCUGGCCUCCUCCACGCCGUCUGCCUUCCUGUUUGGCGCCGCUAGUAAGGAUAGCGACAACGCACCUUCCGCUUUGGGGGGCUUUUCUUUCGGCAAGCCGAGCGCGCCGGUAAAGCAGGCCCCGCCCACAUUUGCCUUCGGCAAACCAGCUGACAAGAGCGACAGUUUGAAUGCGGAGGCUCCUAAGCCAUCUUUUAGUUUUGGACAAAGUGCUGCAGCUUCCGACGCUCCAAAAGCAGCUUUCUCCUUCGUGGCCAACAAUCCCAGCAACCCUCCCAGCACGUCGUCAGGCCCCGCCCCCAACGCCAGUCUGUUUGGCAGCAGCAUCAGCACCCAAGCAGCGCCCGCUCCUGCUGCGGCUCCCAGCACCUUCAUGUUCGGCCAGCCCGCUGACGCCCCCCCGGCCAAAGCCUUUGUCUUCGUACAGAACCAGGACGGCCAGACUCCCAACUCCACCCCGGCACCCCCCCAGUCUUUCGUCUUCGGCGCCGGGGCCGGCUCGGCGCCUCCUGGAGCUCCUUCCGUCAAUUUUGGAGGCUCAGCGCCCCCUGCUGCCCCAUCCGCAGGUCAGUGUCGGACGCUGUUUCCUGUUCUUGCUCACGUUUGGUCGCUUACUUCCUGUCUGUCCUCAGCUCCCAACCCAUUCCUGGUUAGCUCAUCCACCCCCGCUCAGACUCCUGCGUUCGGCUCAUCUUUCGGCUCUCCCUUCCCGUCAGCAACUUCCCAGACUCCAAUGUUUGGAGCCAAGCCCACCGCCGCGCCCGUCUUUGGGCAGCAGGCCAACCCCGCGCCUGCGUUUGGCGCCGCUGCCAACUCUGCACAAACCGCAGGCUUUCAGUUUGGAGGAGCCAGCGCGUUAGAGUCCUCAACCGCCGGUCCUCGGGUCUCUGGUCCUCCGGUCUUCACUUUUUUGGCAGGAGCAGCGGCCCCUCCUGCACCGGCCGCCAGCCCCGCCCUCGCACCCCAGUCAGGAGGCGGAUUCAACUUUUCACCGCAGCUCGCUUUCAACAUCGGGUCAUCCAAGUCCUUCACGCCGGCCCCCGCCGGCCAGCAGCCGAUAGGCGGACGUAAGUUCAAGCAGGCGCGGCGCAGGAGGACGUAGACGUGCGGUGGUGUGCACGGCGACCGGGAGGACUUUCCCGGGGCAGGUGUGUGGCUUUUUGCUCCCACGUACGUCAGGUGGCUGAUGUUGUCUGUUUCCACCUGCUGCUGACUGAAGUGUGACAACAAUCAUGUCCAGACUUAGUGCACACACAACCAAGGACUGUGGAGCUGCUGGAUGUAAACUGUAUGUACACACUGUAGCUGUGUGUGUGUGUGUGUGUGUGUGUGUGUGUGUGUGUGUGUGUGUGUGUGUGUGUGUGUGUGUGUGUGUGUGUGUGUGUGUGUGUGUGUGUGUGUGUGUGUGUGUGUGUGUGUGUGUGUGUGUGUGUGUGUGUGUGUGUGUGUGUGUGUGUGUGUGUGUGUGUGCGCGUGUGUGUGUGUGUGUGUGUGUGUGUGUGUGUGUGUGUGUGUGUGUGUGUGUGUGUGUGUGUGUGUGUGUGUGUGUGUGUGUGUGUGUGUGUGUGUGUGUGUGAGAGCAUAUGAAUGUUUGUAAUUAAAAGGAGGCUAGGAAGGAAGGAAAGGAGGCGAGUGUACAUGCACUGUUGGUUAGAACCUUUGUAAAUGUGUGCUUUCCAUGUGACUUCUUCCCACCUGCUCAGCUCUAAUUGGCCUUUCAGCAUUACCACCACUUGUAAAUACUCGUUGUUUUCUUUUUCUUUUUUUAAAUUCUCUGUCCCCAUGACGGUCCUUUUCUUCCCGUGUCUGCAGUCGCUUGUUGUCGUUCCUAUCUUCAAAGUUGCCCACAUCCAUUUAAAAAGGACUUACAUGCAAAUUGGAGAGCCUUUGAUGACUGAAGGCUAUUUGGCUUACUGAUCCACUUUUGUUUGGACCAAAACCAGUAUUGUACAAAGUAUUAAGUAUAUAUUUUUAUAUCGCAGCUUUAAAUGGACAAGGGGGACUUUGGAUGGUAAGGAAGUUGAGUUUAAUUUGGAAGCCAUGAUGAUUAUUAUUGUUAUUAUAAUUAUUACCAGAUGAGUGAUAAGACUUCAAAACCAUGGUUCAUUACUAUCAAUAAAACUA